GUGGUGGCCGUGCCGGCGUGGGGGUGAUGCAAUGGUGGAGAGCGAGGAGCAAAGGGAGGCAAAACAGUUUCCAGGAACUUCUCCUUGUUGUUGCUGCUGUUUUGAAUCUACAAGCCAAAGAAUUGGAUAAAUUUAGUUGUAACUAAACAGAUCUUUGUGCAGUCUGGCACAAUGGCUGAUAGUCUGAACUGUGAUUUGAAGUCUCUGAGUCCUCUUCAGCUGUUUGAAAGAGUAACUGAACAAGGAGAGAAAGUCAGAGCAUUGAAAGCAGGAAAAGCACCAAAGGAUGAAAUUGAUGCAGCAGUAAGGAUGCUAUUAUCAUUAAAACUGUCAUAUAAAACAACAACAGGACAAGAUUAUCAGGCAGGCUUGCCUCCAAAAGAUCUUGUAUUAAUAAACAAUGGUACAACUAAAGAAGAGGAUGAGGAUUUGGUAGAUCCCUGGAAUGUGCAGACGUCAAACGCUAAAGGCGUGGAUUAUGACAAGCUCAUAGUUCGAUUUGGCAGCAGUAAAAUCGACACAGAUCUGAUCAAUCGAAUAGAAAGAGCUACUGGGCAAAAACCUCACCACUUUCUACGUAGAGGAAUCUUUUUUUCUCACAGAGAUAUGGACCAAAUACUCGAUGCUUAUGAAAAUAAGAAGUCCUUUUACCUCUAUACAGGCAGAGGGCCAUCCUCUCAGGCAAUGCAUGUUGGUCAUCUUAUCCCAUUUAUGUUCACAAAGUGGCUGCAAGAAGUAUUUGAUGUUCCCUUAGUUAUACAGUUAACUGAUGAUGAGAAAUACCUUUGGAAGGACAUGACAGUUGAGAAAGCAUAUGAAUAUGCUAAAGAAAAUGCAAAAGACAUCAUCGCAUGUGGUUUUGACAUCAAUAAAACGUUUAUAUUUUCAGAUUUAGACUAUUUAGGGACAAGUCCUGGAUUCUACAAAAACAUUGUCAAGGUUCAGAAGCAUGUUACCUUUAACCAAGUGAAAGGAAUCUUUGGCUUUACAGACAGUGAUUGCAUUGGUAAGAUCAGCUUUCCUGCUAUUCAAGCUGCCCCAUCCUUCAGUUCAUCAUUUCCACAGAUCUUCAAUGGCAAGGAGAACAUUCAGUGUCUUAUCCCAUGUGCUAUCGAUCAGGAUCCUUAUUUUAGAAUGACACGGGAUGUAGCACCUAGAAUUGGACAGCCUAAACCAGCCUUACUUCACUCAGUCUUCUUCCCAGCCUUACAAGGAGCCCAGACCAAAAUGAGUGCUAGUGACCCAAAUUCCUCCAUCUUCCUCACUGAUACACCCAAACAAAUCAAGACAAAGAUUAACAAGCAUGCCUUCUCUGGAGGCAGAGAUACUAUUGAGGAGCACAGGAAGUACGGAGGGAACUGUGACGUUGAUGUGUCUUUUAUGUACCUGACAUUCUUCCUGGAAGAUGAUGACAGGCUCGAACAACUGAAGCAGGCCUACACCAGUGGGGAAUUGCUCACAGGGGAGCUGAAGAAGGUACUUAUUGAAACAAUGCAGCCCUUGAUAGCAGCUCAUCAAGAAAGAAGGAAGCAGGUCACAGAUGAAGUUGUGAAGCAAUUCAUGACUCCCCGGAAGCUAGCCUUUGAAUUUUGAAGAAGUGUGUAUGUAAUUUAGCACUUGAUAAUGCAAAACCAAGUAAUUGUUGUCUUCUGUUGUAUGUCAUGACCCUCUAGUUAUGUACAGCCUGUAAUCAGUGUUAUAAAUAGUGCUUUCAAUGAGUUAAUUAUCAUGAACAGCAAAGUACAGAAAAGGUUUAAAAUUGUACCUAUUUAAAAUCAGAAUAUACAAGACAGAAUUGAUCAGUCUUGCAGAAAAGCAUGUAUGUCAGCACAGCAUUGUAUUUAAAUGUAUUUCAUGUUGAAAAUAUAAAUAAAAUUUCCAUUUGAUGAUAAAGGCUAACUUGGAAAUUGUUUUAAAUAUGUUAGUAAGAGGUCAUAUCUCAAACCAAUAAGUAGUAGCUCCAUUUUCUUUUGUACUGUGUACCUUGGUUUACUAGACUGCAUGUUCUUUUGGGCUACUGGGAACAUGCUGCACACAAAAAGCUAGUUAGUGUUACAGAGUGGGAUCAAUACAGAAAGAAUGGACAUCUGUGAGUUGAACACAGGAGAAAGAAUAUCAGUCUUGUUCUGCUGUUAUCUUCCUGUUUGAUCUUAGGCAAGUUGCAGAAAUCUCGCUUUACUUUUGUUUCUGCUGCUGUUUACUGAUCUGAGUGCCUCUGGAGAGAGGAGGUUACCAUGAGGUUGCAAAGUUCCUUUAUAUUCUCAGGUGGAAGAUAGUAUAGAAAUGCAAAUUUUAGUGUCUAGUUAUAAAUACCAAGUGUUAAAUCAUGCUUUGAAAACUAAGUGACACUGGACACAGGGAUACUUCUUGUACUGUCUGUUCUCUUUUACUGCACCAGCUUGUUUAAACUAGGGAUAAUUAUUUUGGGAUGUAUUGCAGUGAGAAAAUAUACUUUGUUAAAAUACCUCAAGUAAUAUUUAAUUAUAUCCUUUCUUCAAAAGAACUUAAAUCUCUUUGGUACUAGUUAUGGAAGAAAAUUUCCAAUUAUUAGCUUGUUUUGAUAUAUUCAAUGCUGAAUGCAGUGUUAGAUCUGUCUUCUAUUUAUAUAGAACAGAAAGUUCCUAGCCCAGACAUAGUCUUAUCAAGGGUAUUUUUAUUUAAUGCAGAUAACACGUGGGUAUUGGUGUGCAGUAUUUGUAAAUCAUUUAAAAAUACAAGGAAGGCACUUGAAUGAGGUGUCAAAGAUUUCAACUUAAUGGGUUUUCUGUGUUGGAGUAUAGUUAACAUAAAUUGACUGUAGUAUUCCUAAAAAAAAAAAA